UGCACUGUCAUCGGAUGUGUAUCCAAUUGUUUCUAUUUCUAAUAAUCUAGUUUUAUCUGCUUGCUAUGAUUUCUUGAUCCACCUAAAAUCGGUGUUCUAAACAACGUAACAUAUUAGAUAGAUAUUGUUUGGUUUAUUCCAUAUCUAUUAGGUAGUGAAAUAGUGCAGACGUUUCCCAGCGGACGCAUUCAGAAAUAAUGUUAGACAAGUGAUCGAGCUGAAAGUGGACUAGAAUCGUGAAGUGCAAUCUGUAUAUUCGGGAAAAUCUGACAAAUGGUUGUUGAGGCGAUUCGUGGACCAGCUAUGGUGGUUGUCGGCCGCAGGGCGUAUCGUGUCGGUUCAGGAGCUUUCAUCUUCUUCAAUCUCACCAGACAGGAUUAUAGCUGACGAGUAAUAUGCUCGUGUUCGAGCAGAGACUGAGUGCGCGUCAUUUGGGACGUGGGGUUGUGCUGAAAGCUCGCCUGGUGCAUGGUGUGGAAGCGAGAGGGUGGCGUAUGAAAUUCUCGUUGUUGAAAGCCGAAAUAGAGAUCGACGCCGACCCCGUUACUUACAGGGAACUUGCAAGGAGGCUGAAAGCAGCCAACCUAAACGUCAGGCCGUUACGUCCCUCGCGGUUACCUGUCACCCCGAAGACUGACAGCAGCCCGAUUGUGGUUCAUAAACCAAUUUUACCGCAACCUCCUAUACUCACUCCACCAAACCAAAUGAAGCCUCUGUAUUGUCAAGAUGGGACAGAUAUGAAGGUGAGCUCGCCGCCGUGUCACUCGCCAGGAGCUAUACUGCCCGAUCUGCCCCAACCUGCCGAGGAUCCUGACAAGAACUAUGGUCUCUCUAAAGAGGCGAGUGCAAGCGAGACACAAGCAUGGCUGUCUCGUCACCGUUUCUCUCAGCAUGCAACCACAUUCGCCAAUUUCUCGGGCGCAGAUUUACUAAGAUUGUCUCGUGACGACAUCAUUCAGAUCUGCGGGUUGGCUGAUGGUAUUCGUCUUUUCAACGCUCUGCAUUCCAAACGCAUAGAGCCUCGGCUGACAAUUUACGUAUGUCCGGCCACUAGCGACAUCUACAGCGCGUUGUAUUUACACUCGUGUCACGCCCGAGAGUUGCUUCAUAAACUACACAUUUUGCUAGAUUCCUGCGGACCUAAGGAUUACGAGACUGUGCUAGUAUCGGGUCCUAACGGUGCCAGAGUGCGUCUAACUGACGAACUAGUCAGACAUCUUCCUGAUAAUUCGACGUAUAGAUUGGAACGUAUCGAGGAAGCGAACGCGUUACUUCUGUGCGCUACAAACAACUGAGCAAUUAAAAAUCGCCUUACUUUUAAGUAGAAAUCUUAAUCUUUCAAACCAAUUUAUAUGUUAAAAACGGGUAAUGACCACGCUUAUUAAUGGUAUAUCGGUAUUUUUAAACCACUUUUUAAUGUGGAAAAAUAAAGAUAAACAUUUUGAAAAUAAAGGUAAUUUAAAUUGUCAUAGAACCUAGACUACAUUAUGCGUGGAAAACUCACUGUUAUGAUAGAAUAUGAAAAUUUUCCUUGAAAAAGAGAACUUCAUUCGUUUCAAAAUAGGAUACUAACGUCUAGUGACCCUGAAUGCAUUUGGACACACAC